AGGAAACACACCUCUGCAUCUAGCAUGUCAGAAUGGACAUUCCCAGACCGCUCGAGUUCUAUUACAAGGUGGAGCGAUGCCUGACAGCAAAAACAAUGCAGGUGACACUUGUUUACACAUUGCUGCACGCUACAAUCACUUGGCCAUGAUUAAGAUCCUCUUGGGUUCUUUCUGCUCUGUGACUGAGAAAAACCAGAUAGGAGACACUGCGCUCCAUGUCGCUGCUGCCCUAAAUCACAAGAAAACUGUCAAUCUGUUACUGGAAGCUGGAGCUGACGCAAACAUCAGAAACAACACAGGCCACACUGCUCUUGAUAAAGCCCGGGACAACAACAACCGAGAUUUGGCUAUUCUUCUAGCAAAAUCCAAUCAGGUAAGUAAUGUUAUUAAAUUAAAAGAUUUUCAAUUUAGAACCAGUUCAUUGUCCUGUUAGACAUGCUCUUUAUAGCAAAGCAUUACAUGAUUACUUGAUUCACUUCUGACUCAAUCAGCUCUACUGAACGAACCGGUUUGAUGAAUG